CUGCUGCAGCCCCGCCCUCCCGGCACGGGGCGGGGCCUCCCCUUCCCUGCUCCCUCAUUGGCCGCCCCUACGGCGGGCAGGUGAGGCUCCGAUUGGCUGGCGGCGGGGGGGGCGGGGCCGCUGAGCCCGGAAGCGGCGCGAUGGCGCGGAGCGGGGUGGCUGCCGCGUGGCCGGUGCUGCGGGGGGCCGCGGGCAGCCAGAGGCUGCCGGCGCCCCCCGCACGCCCCCUGCGCCGGGACGCGGCGCUCCGGGCGCUGCCGGCCGACGAGCUCCGACGGGCCCGGGAAGCGCGGCAGAAGGCAGCGGGGGGGCCAGGCGCCGGUGGGGCCCCCCCCGGGCGGCCCCGCACCACCCCGACGCAGCUCAGCGCCCGGGCCCGGCAGCGCACGGUGCCCGCCUCGCGCCUCGGCCGCCUGGCCAGCUUCGGAGGGCUCGCCGUGGGGCUGGGCCUGGGCGCCCUGGCGGAGGCGGCGCGGACGGCGCUGGGCGGUCAGCGCCCGCCCGGGGCCGCCGGCUCCCUGCUGGACGCCAGCCCCUUCCUGUCGGAGGCCAACGCCGAGCGCGUCGUGGACACGCUGUGCCGCGUGCGCGGUGCCGCCCUCAAGCUGGGGCAGAUGCUGAGCAUCCAAGACAGCAGCUUCCUCAGCCCCCAGCUGCAGAGCAUCUUCGAGCGCGUGCGGCAGAGCGCUGACUUCAUGCCGAGCUGGCAGACGAGCCAAGUGCUGGCGGAGGAGCUGGGCCCGGCCUGGCGCGAGAAGAUGUCGGCCUUCGAGGAGCGGCCCUUCGCGGCCGCCUCCAUCGGGCAGGUGCACCUCGGCGUGCUGCGCGACGGCACCGAGGUGGCCGUCAAAGUCCAGUACCCCGGCAUCGCCCAGAGCAUCCGCAGCGACGUGGACAACCUGCUCUCGCUGCUCAAGAUGAGCGUCUCGCUGCCGGAGGGCCUCUUCGCCGACAACACGCUGCAGGUGCUGCAGAAGGAGCUGGAGUGGGAGUGCGACUAUCACCGGGAGGCCGGCUGUGCCCGGACGUUCAGGCGGCUGCUGCGGGACGACCCCUUCUUCGCGGUGCCGCGCGUCAUCGAUGAGCUCACGGCGAGCCGGGUGCUGUGCAUGGAGCUGGGCAGUGGCGUCCCGCUGGAUCGGUGCCUGGAGCUCAGCCAGGACGUGCGGGACGAGAUCUGCUCCAACAUCCUGCGCCUCUGCCUCCGGGAGCUCUUCGAGUUCCGCUUCAUGCAGACGGAUCCCAACUGGGCCAACUUCUUCUACGACGCCGGGAAGCACCGGGUGACGCUGCUCGACUUCGGGGCCAGCCGCUCCUUCGACAAAGCCUUCACGGAUCACUACAUCGAGGUGGUGAGGGCCGCGGCCGACGGCGACCGGGACAAGGUGCUCCGGAAAUCCAGGGACCUGAAGUUCCUGACGGGAUUCGAGAGCAAGGCCUUCGAGGCGGCGCACGUGGAGGCGGUGAUGAUCCUGGGCGAGGCCUUCGCGGCGGCGGGGCCCUUCGACUUCGGGGCGCAGAGCACGGCCCGCCGCCUCCAGGCCCUGGUGCCGGGGCUGCUGCGGCACCGCCUGGCGCCGCCCCCGGAGCAGAGCUACUCCCUGCACCGCAAGAUGGCCGGCGCCUUCCUGGCCUGCGCCCGCCUGCGCGCCCGCGUGCCCUGCCGCCGCCUCUUCGAGCAGCUCUACGCCCGCUACUGGGCAUCGCCGCCGUAGCGCCGCGGGGGCGGCCGCCCCGGGGCCUCCCCGAUCCCCCCGCGGACCCUCGGGGCAGGACCCGGAUCCCCCGUGGAUCCUUGGGGCAGGACCAGGAUCCCCCUGCGGACCCUUGGGGCAGGGCCGGGGUGUUCCCGGAUCCCCCGUGGAUCCUUGGGGCAGGACCAGGGGUCUCCCUGGAUCCCCCUGUGGAUCCUUGGCGCAGGACUGGGAUCCCCCCAUGGACCCUCGGGGCAGGACCCGGAUCCCCCCGUGGACCCUCGGGGCAGGGCCAGGUCCUCCCCAGAUCCCCCCGCGCAUCCUUGGGGCAGGACCGGGAUCCCCCUGCGGACCCUCGGGGCAGGGCUGGGGUGUUCCCGGAUCCCCCGUGGAUCCUUGGGGCAGGACCAGGUGUCUCCCUGGAUCCCCCUGUGGAUCCUUGGCACAGGACCGGGAUCCCCCCAUGGACCCUUGGGGCAGGACCGGGGCGUUCCCAGAUCCCCUCGUGGAUCCUUGGGGCAGGACCAGGAUCUCCUGGGAUCCCCCCUGCGGACCCUCAGGCAGGGCCAAGGUAUUCCUGGAUCUCCCUGUGGAUCCUUGGGGCAGGACCGGGGUAUUCCCGGAUCCCCUGCGGACUCUCGAGGUGGGUCUGGCAUCUCCAGGGAUCCCCCUGCACCCCCUCGGGGCAGGAUCAGGGUCUCCCUGGAUCCCCCUGUGGAUCCUUGGGGCAGGGCUGGGGUAUUCCCGGAUGCCCCACGGACCCUGGGGGCGGGUCCAGGGUCUCCCCGGAUCCCGCCGUGCCGUGAUCCCGGUCCCGGGCGGCGGCUCCCUCCUCGCGCCGCGGGCAAUAAAGACGGUGACUUUGCCCCGCGCUGGAGCAGGACGCGGCCCGGCCGGGGCGACCCCCA